AUGGCAGACAAUGGCGCACCUCUGGCGCAGACGGCGAGCGAAAAGCUUGACCUCAUCAAAAGCAAUCUUCAGGAGGUGCUAAACCCGGAAAUCAUAGAAGAGGUCUUGAACAAGGGCGAGAGGCCGUUGAAGAUCUACUGGGGAACUGCCWCUACCGGCAAACCACACUGUGGUUACUUCGUACCCAUGCUGAAGAUUGCCGAAUUUCUUGCUGCUGGUUGUGAGGUCAAGAUUCUGCUCGCCGACGUCCACGGAUUCCUGGACAAUCUCAAGGCUCCCAUUGAGCUGGUCGAGGAGAGAGCAAAGUACUACCGUCAUUGUAUCACCGCUGCGCUCAAGGCCGUCAAUGUCGACACCUCAAGGCUGAUAUUCGUGCUGGGAUCCACCUACCAAACGACCGGCGACAGUGGCGCCAAGUACUUCAUGGAUCUUCUACGGCUGAGCACAUCUGUCUCGGGUCAUGACGCCACCAAGGCAGGCUCGGAGGUGGUGAAGCAGGUCGACAGCCCACCGCUUUCCUCGCAAAUCUACCCGCUCAUGCAGGCACUGGACGAGGAGUACCUUGGAGUGGACGCACAGUUCGGUGGUGUGGAUCAGCGCAAGAUCUUCACACUCGCAGUCGAAGCGCUGCCACGUAUUGGAAUGAAGAAGCGAGCUCAUCUCAUGAAUCCUCUCAUCCCGGGUCUCCAAGAGGGCGGCAAGAUGAGCAGUUCGGAUCCAAACUCGAAGAUUGAUUUGAUUGAUUCACCAGAAGUUGUCACGAAGAAGCUGAAGAGUGCCUUCUGCCCACCCAAGCAAGUGGAUGGUAACGGAGUUCUCAGCUUCGUUCAGUACGUGCUCUUGCCCGCUUCAGCGUUGAAGAACAACGGCACACCCAAGUUCGUCGUCUCCAGGAGAGAUGCCGAGCCGUUGGAGUAUGCCACUAUCGAAGAGAUGCACAAGGAUUACCUCGCAGAUGUGCUACAACCACAGGCGUUGAAGCCAGCUGUUACAGCUGCCCUGCUCGAAAUUCUUGCGCCCAUCCGGGAAACAUUCGAGGAGAGUAAGGAGUGGCAAGAAGUUGAACAAAAGGCGUACCCACCACCCCCGGCACCGGUAAAGAAGCCCAAAAAGGAGAAGAAACUUGGCACUCGCUUCCCUGGUGCCAAGCCAGCAGAGGGAGUUGAGGUGAAACCAGACGGCCAUCUGGAGGGUCCUGGUGCGCAAGAGGCCAGUGUUGGGAAGAGUACUGAAGAAGCCAUGAGCAAAUUAAGUGUGGCCGAAGGCGACAAGGCAUGA